AUGCAACAAGAACUGCAAGGGAAUCCACUGGCACGGCCAGCUUCAACACCAUCCACUCCCCCAAGCACCAUGUCGCACUACGUCCCCGCAUCAACUCUACUACCUCUGCACGAGCUAUCGUCUCAACCAGUCGGGACGAAAGUCCGUUUUCUAGGCUGCAUCCGUGGCUAUGAUCACGCCAACGCUAUUCUGACGCUCACCACCCCGCCCAAAGCGGUUCCCCGCGCUGAUGUCGAUAUCACUCUCGCUCUGCAGACUCUGGGUAUUGGACGCCUCAGAGACGGGUGUUGGUUCAAUGUUAUCGGAUACAUCACUGAGUCGAAAAACUGUGAGGAGGGAGUUACUAUGGUGGAUGCUAUCAUGCUUUGGGAUGCAGGACUCAUUGCACCAUCCAAAUACAACCAGGUGUUGGGAGAGCGACUUGCUACUGAGAAGGAGGUGGAUGCUCAUCAACAGAGAAUGGAGAUGUAA